UUUAAGACGGGCGGGUAGUAGGGUCGAGUGUGUGUGUGUGUAUAUAUAUGAUCACUUGAACAGUCGAAGAGAAGAUGGUCCUCCUCCGUGGCCAAUGCCGGGACUGUGGCCGGCGGUGGUAAUCGGCGAGAAUGCAUCUCGGGGCGGCGCUGCUUCAAAGCGGCCGCCAUGGGUCCCGGAUGAAGAUGUUACUGCAUGAUCAGUAUGAGCGUGAGGGGGCACAUGGUGGCCAAUGCCGGGACUGUGGCCGGCGGUGGCAAUCGGCGAGAAUGCCUGGCCGCCGGCGGGCUGCGGAGCGGCCAGUAAACGGGCAGCAGAAGCGGAAUAAUGACCAUGAGAGAAGAGAAGAAAUGAGCAAAGGAGAAGACAUGAUGAUGCCGCGGCGGCCAACAUUAUUCUUUGAUGCAUUUGAUCCUCUGGAUCCAAAUGGAAACAUCACUAUAAAAUGGGAUGUAAUCAGCUGGACAGCCGAUGGCUAUGUGGCUGUUGUGACAAUGUACAACUUCCAGCAAUAUAGGCAUAUUCAAGCGCCGGGGUGGACAUUGGGAUGGACAUGGGCAAAAAAGGAAGUGAUAUGGAGCAUGAUGGGAGCGCAAACCACGGAACAAGGAGACUGUUCAAAGUUCAAAGCAAACAUCCCACAUUGCUGUAAAAAAGACCCGAUAGUCGUUGACUUGUUGCCCGGGACUCCUUACAACCAACAGAUUGCUAACUGUUGCAAGGGAGGUGUAAUUAGCUCCUGGGGUCAGGAUUCUCAAUCCGCCGUUAGCUCGUUCCAGGUCAGCGUCGGUCAAUCGGGGACCACCAAUAAAACUGUAAAAGUGCCUAGGAAUUUCACCUUGAGAACUCCUGGUCCCGGUUAUACUUGUGGACCCGCAAAGGUUGGUAAACCCACCAAGUUCAUUACUCAAGAUGGAAGAAGAGUAACACAAGCUAUGAUGACUUGGAAUGUGACAUGCAUGUAUUCGCAGUUUCUAGCUCAAAAAACUCCAACUUGUUGCGUCUCACUCUCGUCCUUCUACAACAACACUAUUGUGCCAUGCCCAACGUGCACAUGUGGCUGCCAAAAUAACGGCACUCAACGUGCCAAUUGUGUUGAUCCAAACGCUCCCCACUUGGCCUCGGUUGUAUCAGAUCAUAGCAAUGGGAAGGGCAGCUUGUCCCCAUUGGUACAGUGUACAAACCACAUGUGCCCUAUCAGAAUUCACUGGCAUGUAAAGCUCAACUACAAGGAAUAUUGGCGCGUGAAGAUUACCAUAACCAACUUCAACUACCGGAUGAAUUAUUCAGAAUGGAACCUCGUUGUCCAGCAUCCCAACUUUGACAAUUUGACUAAGAUCUUCAGCUUCAACUACAAGUCUUUGACUCCUUAUGGAUCGUUGAACGACACUGCGAUGCUGUGGGGAGUGAAAUUCUACAACGAUUUCCUCUCUCAAGCGGGCCCCUUAGGGAACGUCCAGUCAGAGCUUCUGUUGAGAAAGGAUUUAUCAAGCUUCACUUUUGAGAAGGGAUGGGCUUUCCCACACAGAGUUUAUUUCAAUGGGGACAAUUGUGUCAUGCCACCACCAGAUGCGUAUCCGUAUUUGCCAAACGCGACUUCUAGACGCACGGCAGCCUCUCUACUCUCUCUACUCUUGAUCACAUUCUUCUUUGCGUGCUUCUAAAACGAAUCAUUUUGGAAUUCUCUGUAUAAUAUAGUGUCAUCUUCGCGUGCCGUUUAUUGUUUGAAUUUGUUGUUUUUUUUACACUUCCAAGUUAUAAGAACAUAUUGUUUGUAGGUGUAUUGAGUUCAUAGUGUUUCUAUAGCCUGUACCACAAUAAUGAAUAAUUUACUAAAUCAUUGUAAACAUAAAUUUUAUGACAGCAUUUUUGGCAUUAUUAAUUAUUGUGUUCUCUGUAUUCCAUUUAAUUAAGAAAUAUUUGCACUAAAUAGCACUAAAACUU